AUGAAAUUGAAAUCGAGGAGAGCGUCUGGGACGAGGCACGGGUGGCGCGCAGCCUGUGGUGUGGCGACGGUCGAGGAGGACGGUCGCGAACAGCCAGACCCAGUGGAUCGGCGUCGCGAUGCCUCUCUCGCUGCACGAGGCCCUACAGAAUCCAAGAAUUCUACGAGAUCUUCAGCUAAACCCGAUGACUUUCAAAUGUACUACGUAUUUCGCGAGGACGUGGAGCUGAAGAUCGCCGGAGAGAGCUCAGCUUUCAUGAACUUCCAGCCCGAUCCUUUCAUGAAGGGUCGAAGCAUAAUGGGCGGACCUGUGGGAAAGCUGGUCAGCCACUUAGCCAAGGCUCUGAAUUUCACGUGGUACCCGGUGCGGCCGGCUGAUGGAACCUUUGGCUCGAAGAUGUCAAACGGAAGCUGGUCCGGAGUCAUGGGAUUAGUCAACAGAGGGGUAGGAUUCUCCAUUGAGGGUUUAGUUCUACUUGAAACAAAGCAAGGCAUUUAUUCAUUCAUCUGUUAUGUUCGGGAGGCAGACAUGGGCUUCGGACCUCUACUGAUGUCACUUGAGAGAAGCGAAGGCGUAGACUUCGGUGACACGCUGAUGUUUUUUAAUUUCAAAGUUAUGUCCGGCAGAGGAAGCCCCGAGUUGAACCCCUGGGGCUUUCUGUACCCCCUUACCCCCAUGGUGUGGUUGGGCCUCUUCGUUGCCUUGGUGUGCGUGUGGCUGGCUUCGGUGCUGCUGGUUAACCAUGCCUUGAGGUCCACAUGGUUCGAUCGGGUGGUUCGCCAGUUCACCACCUGUCUCCGCGUUCUCCUGCGCCAAGAUAUACCCAAGGGGUUUUCCCACGGGCGUGAAAUGACCUUGGUUGGCAGCUGGAUGAUGGUGACCAUGAUCGUCAUUAUGGGCUACUCAAGCACUCUGGUCUCGCUUCUGGCCGCCAGGAACAUCCCGCAGCCGAUUCAGUCUCUGUCGGAUCUUGUUCACUCCGACAACGUUGUUAUCCUGAAACCGAACAGCGGAUCGACGACCUAUAUCCUUAGCUCGACGUCGGGCAUCUACAAAGAACUGGGAGACCUGCGCCUCGUGAAUAGGAUGGACUUCAUCAAGUCGAAGGACAGAGACACGGCGCUCGACACUCUGGUCCGCGGUGGCCUUCACUCCUUUUAUGAUGUGGAUUUCAGCCUGUCUGAGCUCAUAUCGGAUGACUUCUCCAAAUUAGGGCGCUGCGAUUUCUACCUGAGUCGCGAGUCCAGCCUGGCGAGGCCGGCGAGCGUGGGCGUGACCCCAGGGAGCGCCAUCCUUCCGGCCCUCAACCACAGGAUCCACGACGUGCUGGCGGCCGGCCUCUUCGACUACUGGAUGGCGCAGGCCAUCAGGAACUCGACCAUCUGCCGGAAGGCGCCCAACACCAUCACUGUGCGGGCGCCGCUCUCCCUCAAGGUCUGCUGGGGAAUGUUCACCGUGUGGGCGGUCGGGCUGCUCUUGGCCCUGCUCACUUUCAGCCUAGAAAUCGUCGCUGCCAACGCUGUCAAAGGCCGCGCUCCACCCUCACCGGAAAAUCUGGAGUGA